AAGUGGCGCUCCGGGAUGUAUCUAGGUGUGGGUAUCCGCCCCCUUCAGAUGCAAUUUGGAAAGAGAAACAAGCGGUUCGUGUCUUCAUUCCUGUGAACAUUUCACCUGUUUUUCAGUGGCGGGCUGUGCAUUUCACACCUAGGCCUUCACUGGUGUCCUUCCUGAAUUAAUCCACCACUAUACCAUCAUGACGCCACGGCAAUAGAUACUAAUCAACCAUUAAAUAGCAAAGUAAAAAAGAAAUUAGGCUACAGUAUUUCACACCUCACAAGGAAUAGUUAAUUUUAUUACAGUCCGCAUUGAAAAUGCAUUUGUAAGGAUGUCUGCGACCAAAUCGAUUUCUUCUCCUCUGUCAGCCAUUGACUAAGUCAACAUGAAAACAGCAGAAAGCAAGAAUAUCUGAUCAGUCCUCAUGGAUCUGAGCUGAGCUAAUGCCAGAACUGGUGCAGGAAUUAAGAGUAACUAUCUUGCCAUGGAUCUUCACUCAGCACAGGACAUCUUAGACAGAUGUGCAGGACAAAUUACGGCAGAAAUUGAACAGGGCUUGGGAAAAAAUUAUAAAGAGGUUCUCAAUGCUUCGUCAGCUGAUUUCCACAGAAUGGGAUUAAAACCCAUCACCUUCUUUCGUCAGGUUCUGGCCACUUGUUUCUACCCCUCCCUCCUAACUGAUGAGAGUUUACCCUUGGAUGCAAGAGAAAGAGCACAAAGGAUUCUGGCAGAAUGUGAAGGAGGGAGCAUAGGAUCAUACACUGCUGCACGUGGGAUUAAAAAAAUCCUGGACUCCAUAUGUAAAUUCAUCACAAAACGUGAUGGUGUUAUUCCUGAUCCUGACAAAAUCUACAUCACUAACGGAUCCCAGAUGUCCCUCAUAAUGGUAAUGAAGCUGCUGGUUCAGAGUGAGGGUUCUCUGAAGACCGGGGUUCUUACUCCUGUACCAUCCCACCCCACCUUUAACAUGGCAGUGGCUGCUCAGGGGGGAGUUGUGGUGCCCUACUACCUGUGUGAGGAACAGGGAUGGGCAAUACAGAUCGAAGAAUUGCAAAGAGCUGUGCACAUGGCCAGGGGGCAAUGCAACCCAACUGUGUUAUACCUCAUCAAUCCAGGAAGUCCAACAGGUCACGUGCAGAGUAAGGACUCAAUUGCUGAAGUGAUUCGCUUUUCUGCAAAAGAAAAGCUCUUCUUAAUGGUAGAUGAGGUGCAUCAGGACAUUGUGUACGGGAAAGGAAUUGAGUUUUAUUCAUAUAGGAGAGUGCUCUCUGAAAUGGGGCUCCCAUACUCCAGCAGUGUGGAGCUGGCCUCCUUUAACUCCAUCUCCAAGAGUGUCAUGGGAGAGUGUGGUCUGCGUGGAGGCUAUAUGGAGUUGGUGAACCUUGACCCUUUAGUGAUUCCAUACAUCCACAAAUUCUUCAACACGUUUACUUGUGGAACGUUGAAUGGUCAAAUCGCUGUGGAUGUGAUGGCUGAACCUCCACAACCCACACAGCCUUCAUAUGAACUCUAUACUCAAGAGGUUCAGUUAAUUAGGAGCACAAUAAGCAAUAAUGCCCAGAAGACUCUGGAGGUUCUCAGUGGCCUACCUGGAAUCAGCUGUCAGCCGGUAAAUGGAGGAAUUUUUGCCUUCCCACGUCUGCACUUGUCCCAGUCUGCAAUAAAACAUGCCAAGGAGAAGCAGCUGGAGCUGGACUUGCUGUACUGUUUGAGUUUGCUGGAGGAUGAAGGCUUGUGUGUGGGAGCUGGAUGUGUACAUGGACAAAAAGAGGGAACCUAUCACAUCAGGAUUUGCCUGGCAAUCUCAGAGGAGAUCAUGAAGGACGUGCUGCAGAGGCUGAAAAGUUUCCACCUCCGCUUCAUCAAAGAGUUUCCCUGAUCAGCCAUGCUGACAAACAUAAGAAAUCUAAUCAAAUACAGGUUUUCCUCUGAACCAGCAUUUCUGGGGCUGUAUUCAGAGUUCAUGACUAAAGUCCAAAGGUUGAGUCAAUAUUUAUGUACAUUCUGUUUAUGUACAGUUAUAAAAGCAUGCAAAUCACUAGGUUGCCAGAUUUUUCUUGAAUUCAGGGUCAGACACUUCUCUCUAUUAUUCAGACUCCAAGUGCAAAUCUCAUACAACUUCUUAAAAGCAAUCAGUUCUGUAGUUAUGUCUGAGAUCUGUAUACCAAUUUGCACAAAAUUUGUAUUAAAUCUUUUACUCUGAAUACACCCCUCAGUCCUUAGAGCCUUUAGAGUUAGUAAGCAAACUCACCACCAAAUUUUAAACACUUCUUAUAUUUUACUGUUGCAUUAAUAAUAAUCAAAUACAUGUAAUAAAUCACUUUAUAUAUGGUAAUGUACACUUCUCAAU